AUGUAUGCAUUGAAGUGAGUGUUUGAGUCCAAUGUAUUGUAUUUAAUGCUAUUUAUUGUUAGUUUCAUUGAAAUUAUUGAAUGCAUUGAAAGCCAAACGCAAAUCAUUGCCAAAAAAUGGCGACAAAUGUGGACAACGUAUCGGCGGUUUCUCUGACCAACAAUAACCAUAUGAUUGCCGAACAAUUGAAACCAGUCUUCAGAAAUGUUGUCAUUUCACUUGAAAACUGUAUUCUAUCUGAAGAUAAGCUAACAGUUACUCCAUCGAUGACCGAUGGCUUAGAUGCCACUCAAGAGACCGAUCUUCGGAUUCUUGGCUGUGAACUCAUACAUACGUCGGGUAUUCUUCUACGUCUACCUCAGGUUGCGAUGGCCACCGGUCAGGUGCUCUUUCAACGGUACUAUUACUGCAAGUCUUUUGUAAGAUUUCCGAUGGAGAUCACUGCCAUGGCUUGUGUCACAUUGGCCUCUAAAGUAGAGGAAGCCCCCCGACGGGUCAGGGAUGUGAUCAAUGUGUUUCAUCAUAUGAAACAAAUAAGACAAGAGAGCGAACCGAAAUCAUUAGUAUUGGAUGAGACCUACAUAUCGACUAAAAAUCAAGUGAUUAAAGCUGAGAGACGACUACUCAAGGAAUUGGGUUUUUGUGUUCACGUCAAACACCCGCACAAAUUUAUUGUAACACUUCUUCAAGUGUUGGAGAACGAAAAGAAUCAGCUUUUAAUGCAGACCUCGUGGAAUUAUAUGAAUGACAGUUUACGAACCAAUGUAUUUGUCCGCUAUUCACCCGAAACUAUUGCCUGCGCUUGUAUUUACUUGAGUGCCCGUACUCUUAAGGUCUCACUUCCAAAUAAUCCCAAUUGGUUUGAAGUGUUCAAUGUCUCUGAAGACCAAAUAAAAGAUAUUUGUAAGACAAUACUAAAGCUAUACACUCGACCAAAACCAAAUCAACAACACUUGGAAUCAAUUGUCGACAAUUUACGCAAGAAUUACGAAUCGGCAAAAUUCAAGGCAAAGGAGUUGAUUGUGACUGAAAACGGAACGCCUAAUUCCAAUGGUCUCGAUAUUAGUCCCGGUUCUCGAGCUAAUUCUCCACAAGUAAUUAAACCGAAACCUAUAGAAAAAAAUUCGCCUAAAACUAAGCUCAAGUCUGUAACUAACGUUGUCUCGCAUACGAGUCCUAAUAAAAAGGAGAUAACAAAUGAAUUACCUCAUAAUGUUGAUCAUCGAAGUGGCUCUAAAUCAAGAAGUAUUAGUCCGAUAAAUAAAGAUAGAAAUGAAAGAGAAAGGCAUAAAUCGCCGCCAAAAUCAUACGCUUACUCGAGAUCUCGUUCGCGAUCUCGUGAAAGAAGUAGUCAUCACAAACAUAAACGCAUUACUUAUAGUAGAAGUAGAAGUCGAUCACCGCAUUACAGUUCGCACAAACAUUACAACCAUAACAGUAAAUAUCAUUCAUAUAAUAGCCAUAAGUCACGGAAGCGCUCAAAAUCGCCGUACGAUCGCAGAGAUGAUCGAAAUUCAUACCAUUCGACUUCUAACAAAAGUCGAUCACGAGAUUCACGUGAUUUCUAUUCUUACCGAAAGAGUUAAAUCGUGUCAUUGAAAUUGUUAGCAAAAUUACUAAUAAAA